AACCUUCCAUGGUGCGCGAUUCUCCUGUUUGUCCCUCUUUGUCCGGUGGCGACAGUAGGCCAUGAUAAUUAUGGCAAAAUUUGCGUUUUUGAAUGAAUUAUAGCUGAAUGGUGGAUCGUCAAGCAUACACCGUGUGAGGACUGGUUUGCUGGCAAUGACACACCAGAGAGUUUCAGUUUAAAGGACAGCAGAGCAAGCAACGGAGAAAGGGUACAGUUUGCUUCCAAGACAGUCUGCAAGAUGGCUAGCUAUCUUCAGUGAGAUGCUAACGUUAGCUAGCAAGCUAAUGUUAGCAUAGUGAACUGUUCUCAAAACGUGAUCGACUGCUUUUUCUCACACAUGCUUUGACACAUGCAACGAAAGGCAUAUUUUGAUUUCAGAGAGACAAGUCACAGUUUCGUAUUCAUGCAUCAGUGUUGCAGCUAUUCACCGCUGCUUGCUAGCCACAUUGAGUAACGUGGCUAGCCAAUUAGCUAUAGCAUUAACUAGCUUGCGCUAGCUAGCUGGUUCAAGUCGCUACACAUCUGUAAGUGAUCAUUUUAGAAAGAGGGGGGUUCUUUGUAACUUGCUUGUACCGGCAGACGAGCCAGGUAUCAAGCAGCCAGUUUCCCGCAGCUAUAGCAAAAACUGGUUUGGCUCAAAACGAACGAACUUGUUCGACUAACGUGAACGAGCUCAGGUUUACCUGAUGUUUAUUUGGUGACCAAAUCCCGGCGUGACAGAAACCGUGGCGAGACAUUUGCAGCUGGAAAGGAGGUCGCAGACCUGGGCCGGCGUCAUUAUAACAUCAUUUAACAACCCAAACGUCUUCGUUACUGCUGUGAUGAUUAUGAUGAUGAUAACCAUUCCAUCGUUAUUGACAUGACCUGAAGGCAGAUUCCACCUUCUCGGCUCAUAGCCUUCAAGACGUCGUCAUUUUUAACUUUUUUUUCCCUUGAACGGUGAUAUGCCACUUCACCGACAGUCAUAUUAGCUAAUGGCUACCGAAUCGGGGAGACUACUGGCGGGACAAGGAAAACGAAGCAAAGCUUCACAAAUGAAGAGCCCAGAGAAGAAGAAGGCGAGGAAAUCAACCACUCAGGCGGCGGGGUUCUCCCACCUCACUGAGUUUGCGCCUCCUCCGACCCCCAUGGUGGAUCACCUGGUCGCCUCCAACCCGUUUGAUGAUGACUUUGGGCCGCCAUCCCGACCUAGUGGGCCAGCUGGACCAGGUGGUGCUCCAUUUCUUCCAAGCCCAGGAGCAGGUGGAGGAGGUGGGUAUGGUGGAGGCAGAAUGGGUGGUGGCAUGGGCUUCAUGGGUGGCCCAGGUGGACCAGGUGGUGGUCAACCUAGGCGGGGGCCACCGUUUGGCCCUCCAUCCAAUGCUGGACCCCACCAUCAGCUAGGCUUUGGAGGAAUGCCUGGUUUCGGAGGUGGUGGUGGCGGAGGGGGUGGGGGAGGAGGCGGUGGCGGAGGAUUUCCCCCUGGCGGCCCUUCUCAGUUCAAUAUGCCACCAAACUUCAGUCCACCCAUGCACCCUGGGCCGGGAUUCAACCCCAUGUUGUCACCAGGUGGCAUGGGAGGUCCCGGAGGAGGGGGACCACCCCACCCUCGGUUUGGAAUGCCUCCACAGCAGCAGCAUGGACAGGGUGGACAUCCAUUCAACAGCCCACCAUUACCAAGUGGUGGAGGCCCCAGAGGGCCCCCACAUGGCCCCCUGCCCUCCAUGGGAGGAGGCAUGGGUCCUGGGAUGAAUAUGAUGGGUGGUAUGGGUGGUGGCCCUGGAGGAAACAUGGUAGGUCUGCAAGGUAUGCCCCCUCAAGGACAGUUCCCUCCAUCACAGGAUGGUCCCUACCCUGGCCCCAGUCCGCCAGGGCCAGGCAACGAGGAUGGAAAGAACUUUGGAGGAGGGGGGCCACCACCUGGGCCUCAGCAGCAGCAGCAACAGCAACAGCAGCAACAACUUAACCUAAAUCCCAAUGGCCCCCCUCCUAAUAAUACCACUCCUGGUCCUCCUCCUAACUCUGGUCCACCACAGCCUGGUGGUGGCUUCCCUGGCCACCCUGAUGUUCAGCAAUCUAAUGCUAAUACACCUGGUCAGCCUCCAUCAGCACCACCACAGCCUAACCCUAACUCUUCUCCUACUGGUCCCCUGAAUGGAUCAGGUCAGCCCCAGCAUCCACCAACCAGUCAGCUACAGCCCCCAAGCAAUGCAAACACACCAAACUCUAAUAACUCUGCCCAGCAACAGCAACAAUCCACUCCUCCUCACUCUGCACCUGGCUCCACACCUUACAACCAGCAGAACAACACUCCUGGUGCAGGUGGUCCCAUGCCAAAUGCGACCCCCAAUUCAGGUCAGAACAACAUGACCAACAACAAUGGCGGCAACACUCCUGGCAGCAACCCCAACCCCCCCUCUAACUCCACCUCAACCCCAAACACCCAGUCUCCUCUGCCUCCUGGUCCUGCUGCCUCUUCAACCGGGCCAGGAUCUGGACCCGGAAAACUUGGCGGCCCUGGUAUGGUCUUCCCUUGCGGCCUCUGUAUGGCGGAGGUGCAUGAUGACCAGGACGCCAUCUUGUGCGAGGCGUCGUGCCAACGCUGGUUUCACCGUGACUGCACAGGUCUGACAGAGCCAGCGUAUGGGCUGCUGACACGGGAGAGCGCUGCUGUUUGGGCCUGUGACUUCUGCAUCAAGACCAAGGACAUCCAGGCCGUGUUUGUGCGCCAGGGAUUAGGCCAGCUGGUGGCAGCUAAUGAGAGUUGAGUGGGUGAAAAAGGAGCAGCAUGGAGGUGCGACAUGUAAGGACACAUAGAUACAUCUUUGUUCUGUAUCUGAAUGACCUGUAAGCCCAAUUUUCUCUUGAAUAGCCCUUUACUUGUUCACCACAGAGAAACAUACUCAUUGACAUCCAUGCUUAUGUAAAGCACUUUGAGUGACUCUAGGCAAAUCAUUUUUCCCCCCCCCAUCCCUCCAGUAGGAGUCAAAAAAAUCAUGAUGAAUGUUUAAACACAGUCUUUCAAACAUCUUGCCUGCCAACCAGCAAAGCACUGACACCAACACACUACCUCACAUACUUUGUGACUGACUGGCACGGACGUACCCGCACUGACUGACUGGAAUUGACUGGGCACGUUCGCGGGCCACACGAGUGUGAUGGUAUUUUAAACGCACACAUAAACAGUCAAACCCACAUUAGAAUAAAUGGGAUUAAUUGUAAACACACGAUACAUAUAUCUCUUUGUAUGGAAAAAGAGAGUCCCUCAAAAUUAUCCUUUGACGAAGUUUCUUUAAAGAAUUGAUUCAUUGAUUUAGUUGCCAUCAAAAUGAUUUAUUCUAGCACUGCUGUAUCACAGUUGGAAACAAGUGAACACCAGUUCAUCCAUAUAUUGACAUGUAAAACUGUCAUACUGUAAAACAGAAAUGUCAGGUGGAUUUUUUAAAGUUCAUUUGAUUGUUCCUGUCCCUGCAAUCAUGAGUACACACACACGUUGACCUUGUUCUUCUUUAUAUUUGUCAUUUUGUAUCCAGUGCUGAUUAAUCCAAAGAAGACAUGGGUCAAGAUUUCAUCCACACUUUAAAGAGAAGGUUUUUAGCAUUUAGGCUACAUCUAUACUGCUACCAUUUUCACAAAGAAACGCAUCCAUUCUGCUCUGGAAGUGCCUGCUGUCAGCCAAGUUUAAGAAAUGCUGCUGGCUGCGUCUUACGUUGACAUCUCUACGGCAACGUUUUAAUAUUGACUGGGGAAAAAACAGACCAUGGAAGCAUAGUUACCCGCUUUUGCUUCCCGGUUGUUUCUUAUCAGCCACAACUCAAUUACUAGCUGUGAACGAGCAGCUCCGUUAACACUUGACCUCAUCAGUCUCAUAAAAUAAGUUCUUGUUAGUUAUGUUUUCUGGAACAAAGCACAAACAGACGAGAGAAUCAGCUGCCACUUUACACUGGCACACACACACGAUAUAGGUUAUUUUCAGGUGUGUUGAGGAGCUGAGACGCAGAUCGUUCUCAUCUGAAAAUUGUUUGAAUGAAAAUGCAGUAGUAUAUAUGUAGCCUUUUUAAAGUAGUUGUAAAUAUUAGCACAAAACAUUUUCCUGUAACACAUCAGUGGUGAUCAUGCUGCAGAGUUGACCAAUGAACAAAUGAAUACGUUGAACCUAUGUGUCUUGGUUGUAUACAGUAUGGUGUUUUGGGUUUUUUUUUUUUUUUUUUUUACACCAUACGUUUUGAGUCAACUUUUUCUCUCUCUCUCUUAUUUUUUAUCUCUGCAGUACACAUGAAUUGUGAAAUCAGUGCUUUUUGGAUGGUGUUGGCAUAGCGAGUAGUGACAUCAUGUCAUAUCAGAUGUGCAUAGUCAUUUUCAAAAAAAAAAAAAGAAAAGAAAAAACAGGAGGGGGUUGCAUGUGAACCAAUGCAGUAAAUGUUUGAUCUGUUCAUGUUUAUAUUCUGGCCUCUGUGCUGCAAGAGUCCUUGAAGUAGACCAAAUAACUAAAGAGCGAAAAAUACCCAUUUUUCACACUUCUGUCACAGUAUACGGUGUUUAUGACUAUUCUUCCUUCUUUCCUUUCCUUAAUUUACUUAAUGCAAUGUCCGAGUUGCCUUUCUUUUCUUGCUAUGUCUCAGCUGUACCUUUUUAUUUUGUACUGGUAUUUGUGCUGUGCUUUUGCUCUGCUCUGGCACCUCCUGGUGGAACCCGGAGGAACCACUGUGUCCCACACAUGGGUGGGAAAGGGAAAGGUACUGAACUCUGAAGUAAAGAGACUUUUUUUUGUACGUGUCUGUCUGGUUUUAUCCAUUUUUCAUUUGUUUCUUAAUUGUUGUAUUAAAAUGAGGAUUGGAAAUAUA